GCCAGGAUGGACCAGAGUGGGCAGCAGGAAAAACAAAGGGUCUCAGGUCCUUCUCACAGCCGAUGGACUGACUCUGAUAUCAGGAUCUUCCUGCUGGAGUGGAAAGUAGUUGACCAGUUAGUGAGUCACCCAGGCAGAAAGAUCCACAAGAAGACCAGGGCUCUUUGCCAGCCACUCUAUCAGCGCAGCCUGAAGAAGACCUGGCAAAACUGUUUCUGCCCACUUGUGAGUCUGCAGAAUCUGCACAAGACAUGUAAUGAGAGACCUGGAAUAGAAAUGGUGUUUUCUGCUGGGCUGUACCCUCAACUGCCAAUGGCACUGCCAUCUCCCGUGUACCAGCCUUGAGACUUUGGCAUCUCAAGGGAACCCAUAACCGAUGAUACUCAGGGAGGAUUCACUGAUUUCCAGGUGGGAUAUUUGGAACCCCAGGUACCCGUUGACACCUAUUUCCUGCCUUUUCCCCUGGAGGCACAAGCCUUCAGCAGCUGUGGUCAGCUUCAAACGACAGCCAAGGCCCUCAGUGAAGACAAAUAGAGAUUCUUGUGUCUCCUCUGCAAACAUCAGAAUCAUGCAGGGCUGUGGGCGUAUGCAUUUUUCUCUACUGAAUAAGAGAAGAAAAGCGUGAAAUCAA